AUGAUACAACAGCAGAGAAUACAGGUCUCUAAGCAAUAUGAGUCAAGGCUUCAAGGGAUUGAAGCUCGUUUGUCUCGGAUCGAGCAUAUGCUUGAGAGACGGCUUUCCGCAGAACCGUCUCAAUACGGUGGCGCAUCCUUAUCAUCGACUGUUAGCAUGUCGAAGAGACGUAGCAAAGAUCCGGGGCUCGCAAACGCACCUUCCGAGGGGCUCUUUGCGGGUGAUUCUGCCUUCUACACUCAGUCACUGCAUGCAAGUCAAGUCCUAGAAAAGAAUAUAGCAGAAACUCCGAUGAUGGGCACUUCGGAAAUCGCCUCGGUUCUUGCCUCUCUCCGAUCAGUACUGGAGAAGUGCGACAAAUCACAGGACCAGGAAAGGCUUAUCAGGCAGGGAAGCUUUACGGUGAUGGACGAAUCUGAUAUACCACUUCCCGAGUGGACAACCGUAUUACCAAUAUUACAAUCAUACCAUGAAAUACCGCCACUCUCAUUCAUGACGCUGCCAUAUUUUGAAUGGUCAAGCUUCAUGGACAUGUGUGAGAGGGUGCUUACAGACCAAGAUUUUACUCACUCCGAGUUUGUGCUAGUUACAGGAUACCUGUCAUACCUGUUCCAUGAACUUUACGAUAAACAUCCCGAGAAAUCAUCCGAAUUGCAAAAAUAUACUUGUUGGUGUAGAACUAGAUUUGAGGAUGCCUUUAGCGAACUUGGCAAAUUCAUUACACCCAAAGUCCAAAACAUUCACGCAUUGACAUUAGGGGCAGGCGGUGUAUACUCUAGAUUACUCAAGGCCCAAUGUCUGUUGCAUCUUAACUUCGAUGGCAGCGAGUUUGUGCUUGACAUUGGGUAUCCACCGGAGUAG